AUGGGGAAGGGCUUAAAGGCUGAGUCAAAAGCCAAGAAGUCUCUUUAUUUACGCCUCCCUCCCAGCUCUUGGCAAUCUGACUAAUAGCAAACUGAGCUAACAAGAAAGACUAGAAAGGGAGUAAAGUGAACAUUGCUGCAGCUUGGAUCUACAACCUAAGAAAGCAAGAGUGAUCAAUUGCAACUCUGUUAAAGAUCUUGUCUAUUUACUGUGUUCAACAGCUUGCAAAUGGUUAACUAUAUGCAGAAAAGUCAGCAUAGCUGUGAAGUAUGCCGUGAAUUUUAAUUGGGGGCGAAAAAAAGACCACUGCUUCAGGAUGAUCUAGUUAUGCACUCUGCUUGAAAUAUUUUUAAUGAAAUGCAAGCGUUUUGUCUUUGACCGGAGAGUUUAACUUCAGGAAGCUACAGGACUUGCCAAAAAGUGAUAUUUGAGAAGAAAGUACGUGGUGGGUGGUGUUUUCUUUUUUAAUAAAGAAACUGAACUGUUUUGACCAGCUCUUCCAGCUGUGUAUUACAGAUAACGUCAGGAAGUCUGCUUUACAGAAUCGGAUUCCAUCACAUGGCAACAUGAAGCUGUGGGUUCAUCUCUUAUAUUCAGCUCUCCUUGCCUGUGUAUCUUCACAGUCUCAAUCUCCAACGUCCUCAGCCAGAGGUUCUUGUGAUUCUUUUUGCAAGUGUGAGGAAAAAGAUGGCACAAUGCUAAUAAAUUGUGAAGAAAAAGGUAUCAAGAAGUUAUCCCAAAUUAGAGUGCCACCAUCACGACCUUUCCACCUAAGUUUAUUAAAUAAUAGCUUGACAAUACUUCACAAAAAUGACUUCUCUGGGCUUACCAACGCUAUCUCCAUCCACCUUGGAUUUAACAACAUUGCAGAUAUUGAGACUGGUGCAUUUAAAGGCCUUGGCCUUCUUAAGCAACUUCAUAUCAAUCACAAUUCUUUAGAAAUUCUUAAGGAGGACACCUUCCAUGGACUGGAAAACCUGGAAUUCCUACAAGCAGAUAACAAUUUUAUCACAGUGAUUGAACCAAGUGCCUUUGGCAAACUCAACAGACUUAAAGUGUUAAUUUUAAAUGACAAUGCUAUUGAGAGUCUUCCUCCAAACAUAUUUCGAUUUGUUCCUUUAACCCACCUAGAUCUUCGUGGAAAUCAGUUGCAAACAUUGCCUUAUGUAGGGUUUUUAGAACACAUUGGCCGAAUAUUGGAUCUCCAAUUAGAGGACAAUAAAUGGGCUUGCAACUGUGACUUACUGCAGCUAAAAAUUUGGUUGGAAAACAUGCCUCCACAGUCUAUAAUUGGUGAUGUUGUAUGCAACAGCCCUCCAGUUUUCAAAGGGAGCAUACUAAGCCGACUAAAAAAGGAAUCUAUUUGCUCCACUCCACCGGUGUUCGAAGAACAUGAGGAUCCUUCAGGAUCACUAAACCUGGCAGUAACAUCUUCAAUGAAAGACAGUCACAUAUCAACCAAGUCCACAUUUCUGUUAAAACCACCCACUAAAGCACCAGGCUUGGUACCUUAUAUUACAAAGCCAUCCACUCAACUUCCAGGAUCCUACUGUCCUAUUCCUUGUAACUGUAAAGUACUAUCCCCAUCAGGUCUUCUAAUACACUGUCAAGAGCACAAUAUUGAAAAUUUAUCAGAUCUAAAACCUCCUCCAAAAAAUCCUAGAAAGCUUAUUCUAGCAGGGAAUAUUAUUCAUACGUUAAUGAAAUCUGAUCUAGAGGAAUAUUUCACUUUGGAGAUGCUUCACUUGGGAAACAAUCGUAUUGAGGUUCUUGAAGAAGGAUCAUUUAUGAAUCUAACAAGAUUACAAAAGCUGUAUCUAAAUGGUAAUCAUCUGACUAAAUUAAGUAGAGGCAUGUUCCUUGGACUCCACAAUCUCGAGUACUUAUAUCUUGAAUACAAUGCUAUUAAGGAAAUACUACCAGGAACCUUUAACCCUAUGCUUAAACUUAAAGUCCUCUAUUUAAACAACAACCUCCUACAAGUUUUACCACCACAUAUUUUUUCAGGAAUUCCUCUAACUAGGAUAAAUCUUAAAACAAACCAGUUUUCUCACCUACCUGUAAGUAACAUCUUGGAUGAUCUUGAUUUACUAACCCAGAUUGAGCUUGAAGACAACCCCUGGGACUGCUCCUGUGACCUGGUUGGAUUGCAGCAAUGGAUACAAAAAUUAAGCAAAAACACAGUGACAGAUGACAUCGUCUGUGCUUCCCCAGGACAUCUCGACAAAAAGGAAUUAAAAGCUCUAAAUAGUGAACUCCUUUGCCCAGGUUUAGUAAAUAAUCCAUCCCUGCCAAGUCAGCCUAGUUACAAAGUGGUCACUACUCCCACAACCACCACCAAUACAGGCGACACCAUUUUAAGAUCUCUUACCGAUGCUGUACCACUAUCUGUUUUAAUAUUAGGACUGCUGAUUGUGUUCAUAACUAUAGUGUUCUGUGCUGCAGGAAUAGUGGUUCUAGUUCUCCACCGCAGGAGAAGAUACAAAAAGAAACACGUAAACGAGCAAAUGAGAGACAACAGUCCUGUGCACCUUCAGUAUAGCAUGUAUGGCCAUAAAACAACUCACCACAUGACUGAAAGACCCAGUGCAUCACUCUAUGAGCAACAUAUGGUGAGCCCCAUGGUUCACGUCUAUAGAAGUCCAUCCUUUGGUCCAAAGCAUUUGGAAGAUGAAGAAGAAAGGAAUGAGAAAGACGGAAGUGAUGCAAAACAUCUCCAAAGAAGUCUUUUGGAACGGGAAAAACAUUCACCGCUCACAGGAUCAAAUAUGAAAUACAAAACCACAGAUCAAUCGACUGAAUUUUUGUCCUUCCAGGAUGCCAGUUCUUUAUACAGGAACAUUUUAGAGAAAGAAAGAGAACUUCAGCAACUGGGAAUCACAGAGUAUCUAAGGAAAAACAUCACUCAGCUCCAGCCUGAUAUGGAGGUACAUUAUCCUGGAGCCCAUGAAGAGUUAAAAUUAAUGGAGACACUAAUGUACUCAAGACCAAGGAAAGUAUUAGUGGAACAGACUAAAAAUGAGUAUUUUGAGCUCAAAGCUAACUUACAUGCUGAACCUGACUAUUUAGAAGUCCUGGAGCAACAAACAUAGACGAAGGGUGAGGGCUUUCGCAGAAAUGCUGUCAUUCUGUCUUAAGUCCAAACCUUGUAAAUAAGUGCCUUACAUGACUGUGUCAUCAAUCAGAACUUAAGCACAGCAGUAAUCCUAUGGGGAAAAAAAGAAGAAAAAGAAACUCAGGGAUCACUGGGAGAAGCCAUUGCGUUAUCUUCAGGCAAUUUAGUCUGUCCCCUAUAAAAAAAAAUCCUUGUAGGUUUAUCAUCCAAGGAUUAUAGUAAUAGCUCUCCAUAUAUUGAGCGUUUCACAGAAGUCCUCUUGCACAUUUAAAAGGGUUGAACAGUUAAACAAUUUUUGUUUUCUGGAAUUAUUUUUACCGGUGGAUUAAAUAAAAUUGGAUUUCAUUGCUUAAAAAUAUAACUGUAUAUGUAGUUAUACUAUGUAAAGGAUAUAUUGUUUAUACAAGAAAUAUAUAUGUACUGCAAAAGUGUACAUUGUCAAUUACACUUAAUUUUCAAUAAAUGCAAAAGGACCUGUAAUUUGAUAAUUACGAAUAGUAACUGUAAAGAAGGAAACUAUAGUUAUUUAUGCUCUGAGUGGACUAAAAUUUUGAACAUUUGAAGAUUACACAAAUGCCACUGCUAUGCUUUCUUAAUUUAAAAUGAGCAAAACUGAUGACUGGUCCAGGUGGAAUAAAUAAGCAACUGUUUUUAUUUUUUCUGCCCGUUUUGUGUAGACAAUCCUAUUGUCAAUGCUGCUGUGAGAUAAGGUAUAUUAUCUGUGCUCAAACUUUGUUAAUCCUUGGGAUAUUAUAAACAUGCUACUGAGAUUCAGCUGUAAAUAUAACUAGUGCACAUAUUACGUUUGGUUCAUUUCAUAGCAUUAAUCCUUUGUAAAUCUGAAUGACCAUGGUAGACAUAAGUUUCUUGUGGCAAGUAAUUCACAGGUGUUAAUCAAAUAGGAAAAACUAUUACUGUAUUUUUAUUGAUGUAUAUUGAUAUUUGCCAUAAAUUUGUAGCAAAAAGGCACUUCUAGGGUAAGUGAUUUAAGUUGCCCCAAGAGUGGACAAUGUAGCUUUAUUUUACAAGAAAGUAUCGCUAGAUUUCUAUGAACUAUUUAUUCUGUACAGUUUUGUAUAUUUUUGGCUCACAAAAGUUAUCAUUCUUGGGUGCCUUUCAAGAAAAUUAAAAAUACUGCUCACUACAAUAAAACUAAAAUGAAAACUC